GCACCGCCCCUGACGGCCGGCCUCCCACCGCCCGCCUCGCCCAUGGCGGCGGCGGCUGCUGCAGCGGCGGCCGGGGGGGCGGGAGGCGGCGGCGGCGCUUCGGCGGCGCUGGGCGACAGCGGCGCCAUCGACUACUCGGUGCACGAAGCCUGGAACGAGGCCACCAACGUGUACCUGCUGGUGGUGCUGGCCAGCCUCGCCCUCCUCGUCUACGCGCGGCGGAACAAGAGGAGGAUUUUGCGCAUUUUCACGCUGCCUCCUGCCGCGGAGACACCGCCCGAGCCCAACUUCUACGACAGCAUGAAGAAGAUCCGCCUGCGGCAGCAGCUGGAGAUGUACUCCAUCGCACGGAAGUAUGAACAGCAGCAGCAGCCACCAAAACAGACUGAAAGUGUACAGCUCUCAGUGGAGUGAUGCCCACAGUUGUAGGAAUGCAGGACUUAUUUCAAGCGUUGAUAAUGGGAGUCAGUGUGGAGCUAUUUUCAAUGCCUCUUAAUCAAUACACAGCUGAAGGCAAGGGGGAAAGGAAAGGGGCAGUCCUAAAAGCUUUGCUCUUGGUAGCUUUUCUCUGAGCCCCCUGAAGUGAACUGAAUGCCUACCAAAAUAUUCGGCAUGAAAGUACCCGACACAGGACAGACCUGCUCAGAGAAGCCCCUGAGGGUGGAGAAGUGCUGUCGUAUCGAUGUUUACUGCCGGCACCUUGGAAAUCAGCUCCUGCCGUCUCUGUUAAUAGUACCCAGGAGGAAGUAAGGCAGGAACUGCCUACCAGAAAACUGUUUGGUUCCUUGAUCACGCAUUGAAUUUGCUGAACGCACUCAGUAAACGUGAGUGAAGAUACUGUGGCCUUACCACCUAACGAGGGUAGAGAGCUUUGAUAACCAGCAGCGGUGCUGGCCGUGGAGCAGAUUGUGAUCUCCACGUUGGUUUGUAUGCAGUAUUGUGAGCCUUUCUUUGAGACAUUCCAAGAAGUAAGAAGUACGCAGCGAGACGCAGGUCUAAAAGACGCUUGCAGCAAAUACUGUAAUGCUAUAGCAAUGGCAGUUAGGUAAAUUUAGUCAAAUUGGUUUAAAGAAUAGGAUUGUCUAUAAACAUUUGUGUGAACGGAAACGCUACCAAAAAGCACAGGGUUUAUUCAGAAGAGACAUCACACCCUGGUUACUUAUUUUUUUCCCCAAGUAAAUCAUGAAAUCGGUUAAUUUAAAGAAUGACGCAGGAACGACUUUUUAAUAAAAGCAUCUAACCACGAAAACUACUCGAAGAUGUAUCGUGCUGUAGUUCCUAAGUUCUACACGAACAGGCUGGGGGUGAGCGGAGCACCCGCAGUGCGGAGCCGGGAGCGCAUGGUGUCAUGAUGAGGAGCUUCUCAGAAACAGAAGUGGAUGAUGAUGAGUGGAGAUGAAGAAAUCAUACAUUUAAGAAGUUGGCUCAAGUUUCCGUUACAGGCAUGGAAAGUUUCUGAGACCAAGCCAUGCGAGAAGAACAUGAGUAAAGAAGAGGGAGAUGUAGACCCAGACUAGAAGGGAUUGCAGGAUUUGAGAGGACGCUGCACAAACAUCACGUAGUUUGCUUGCUUAUUCAUUCACCUGCACCCCUGGAUUGUAAUACCUUGCUUGCCUAUCUGUUUGGAAGUUGAAAAAUCCACUCAUAUCUGUGUCUUUAAUAUAAUCAUGGCUUCAAGCUUGUUUUAGGAAGAGUAUAACAUCACUGUGGUUUUAUUUGUGGAUUAGAUGGCUGCUGCUUUGUACUUGAAUUCCGUUUUGUUUUUUUUGUUGAUACAUAUGUCGAGUAGGGAGAAGAUCGGACCAUGACAGUUACAAAAUAGGAAAUCAGGGGUUUUGCUUGCAUUUAAUAAACAGCCUUUUCCUAAAAAGCGUGACAGGUGCAUAAGUCAAAGAAAAAAAAGAUAGUGCUGACCUUCUGAUUUGAGUAACCUUAUAAUAUUGUUGUUAAGCUAUCCUUAGACAGAUAACAUAAUCAAAUAUUAAUAAGUUCAGUCUUUUUUUAUUUGACUGUUGCUCUCAAAAACAUUCCAGGUAGGUAAGAUGUUUUGGCAGGGCUGUGGGGUGUUAAGUGCAGAUUAUGUUCUACUGAGUCAAGAGAGAGCUUUUACAGAGGUAGUUACUGGAAAAUCUUGGCUGUUACUUGAAGUAUCUUCAAAGGAAAUACUACCCAUGCUAUCCAGCAAGUUGUAGUAAGUCUCUGAUACAGAGUUAUUAAGACUUUGAUAUUUAUGUAUUUAAAAUUUUAACAUUAAAUAUAAUUUCCUAUGUUGAGCAGUGCUGCUGGUAGAAGCAAAGAGUAUCUUUGUUUUUCAUACGAAGUCGUAUCUGGCCUUUUAUCCUUAAUAAAAGGCUACGGUUAUUUUUGCAUUCUGGCUGAAUAUUUGGCCUUUAAGAGUAUAUAAUUACAUGCAAGAGUAAAAGCAGUUGUUAAAGGACUGUUUUUUUCUAAUGAAAAUAGUUUGAAAUCGUAUAAUUUUUGUUGCUUCAGAAUAGAUGUGAUUAGCGUGUUGGAAACAGUUUUGCAGUGGAUAUAAAGGGAACAGUUGAGAGACAGUGGCUGAGAAUGUGUCCAGCUAUUUUUGUAGAUGACUGUUCUAUUGUAACUCUGGGUCAUUUUUCCAAUCUCUUUACUUAGAUAUUUCCAUAUAAUCGAACGGCUAAAUUAUACUGAGAUAAAAAAGCUAUUUGCACUUCGUAAUAUUUCUAUUUUAAAAUAGGUGUUAUUGUACUAAUUGAUAAGUAAACCACAAUGACUGUGAGAAAAUCCUGGCCUAUAUUAUUACUUUCAUAGACAAUUUGAUAUGGGAUAGUACUGUCUGUAUACUAUAAAAAUGUUUCCAUGGAUUUUUAGCUGCUGAAACUGAAAUCAAUAAACUUCAGUUACUGUUGUUGAC